CUGUAGCCCAAACAAAGUCGACGCCAGCGCAUUGUCGUUGGAGCUCGCGGGCUGCUGAGGCAAACGGAGAAGGGGGAACGCGACGCGAGCUAGAGCGGUGCCGGAUCGAAUCCCCGCCGCCGAGGAAUCGAGGAUGGUGAACGCGUUCUUCGUGUUUUGCGGGUGCGUGGACCAGGCGAGCGUGGGGGUGGUGGAGAAGUGGGGACGCUUCCUCCGCCUCGCCGAGCCGGGCCUACACUACUUCAACCCCUUCGCCGGCGAGUGCGUCGCGGGAACCCUCACCACCCGCGUCCAAUCCCUCGACGUCAGCGUCGAGACGAAGACCAAGGAUAAUGUCUUCGUUCAGCUGAUCUGCACAAUCCAAUAUCGAGUUGUCAAGGAAAAUGCUGAUGACGCGUUCUAUGAGCUGCAGAAUCCUCAACAGCAAAUUCAGGCCUAUGUCUUUGAUGUGGUUCGCGCCCUAGUUCCAAGAAUAAAUCUGGAUGAUCUUUUUGAGCAAAAGAAUGAUGUGGCAAAAGCUGUACUUGAGGAGCUUGAAAAGGUGAUGGCAGAUUAUGGUUACAGCAUUAAGAACAUUCUCAUGGUUGAUAUCAUUCCUGAUGCUGCUGUUCGCAAAGCAAUGAACGAUAUAAAUGCAGCCCAAAGGCUUCAGCUUGCAAGUGUCUACAAAGGAGAAGCAGAGAAGAUUCUUAUGGUGAAGAAAGCGGAAGCAGAAGCAGAGGCAAAAUACCUUUCUGGUGUUGGCAUUGCCAAGCAGCGGCAGGCGAUAACUGAUGGCCUCCGAGAGAACAUCCUGAACUUCUCGCACUCAGUGUCAGGCACCAGCGCGAAAGAAGUCAUGGAUCUGAUCAUGAUCACGCAGUACUUUGACACCAUCAAAGAACUCGGGGAUAGCUCGAAGAACACCACGGUGUUUAUACCUCACGGCCCAGGCCAUGUGAAAGAUAUCAGCGAGCAAAUCCGGAACGGCAUGAUGCAAGCAUCAAGCAGCAAUGUGUAAAUCACUGUUCUCGGCAGUCCACGGAUGGAGACGCGUCAUCUCGAGCUGAUCUGUUUACAUUAGAUUGUUAGGGCCUUAGGGGUGAAUAAUGAGUGCUAGGCUAUUGUUUGCGCAUCUGGUCAUAAAACUAGUGUGGUUGAAUUUUUGUAUUACAUAAAGCUUAUCGUGAUUUAAUUUGUUUCAAACGGUGAUUAUCUUCUUUUCGUUCUAACUGCACACGUGGAUGUGCAGUCAGAACGAAAAGAAGAUAAACACCACUUAAAACAAAUUAAAUCUCUAAUAUAUAAAAUAUGAGUUGGUUUUCAUGUCC